AGACAAGAAUAAAGAAGAAUGGAUGAAGGAAAUUGCACAUCCUUGACAGAAUUCAUUUUCUUGGGCAUUACCAAUAACCCUGGGAUGAAAGUGACCCUAUUUACAAUGUUUCUUGUUGUUUGUCUCAUUAAUCUUGUUGCAAAUCUUGGAAUGAUCAUUUUAAUUAGAAUGGAUUCCCAGCUUCACACACCUAUGUACUUCUUCCUCAGCCACUGCUCCUUCUGUGACCUCUGCUAUUCCACAGCAGUUGGGCCCAAAAUGUUGGUAGACCUUUUAGCCAAAAACAAAUCAAUCCCCUUCUUUGGCUGUGCUCUUCAAUUUUUGAUCUUCUGUAUGUUUGCUGAUUCCGAGUGUCUACUUCUAGCAGUGAUGGCCUUUGAUGGGUACAAGGCCAUUGGCAACCCCUUACUCUACACAGCCAACAUGUCCAACAGAGUGUGCUCCCUGCUCAUGGCUGGAAUUUACAUGCUGGGAACGGCAGAUGCUUUGAUACACACAACCUUAACAUUCCACUUAUGUUUCUGUGGAUCGAAUGAGAUCAAUCAUUUCUUCUGUGAUUUACCUCCACUCUACCUCCUUUCCUGCUCAGAUACAGAGAUCAAUGAGUUGGCAUUAUUCACCGUUUUUGGCUUCAUUGAACUGAGUACCAUUUCUGGAGUUCUCAUCUCUUAUUGUUAUAUAACCCUAUCAGUCAUGAAGAUCCACUCUGCUGAAGGGAGGUUCAAAGCUUUCUCCACCUGCACCUCCCACUUAACUGCUGUUGCGAUUUCCAGGGGAACCAUGCUCUUCAUGUAUUUCCGGCCGAGUUCUUCCUACUCUCUUGAUCAAGAUAAAAUGACCUCAUUGUUUUAUACCCUUGUGAUUCCCACAUUAAACCCACUGAUUUAUAGCCUAUGGAACAAGGAUGUGAAAGAGGCCUUGAAAAAACUGAAAAUUAAAAAGUGGUUUUAA